CUUCAGAAUUGCCUGAUCGCAAAGUUUAGAUGGCAACGCAUUAACUUAGGAAAACUGGAUCCCCUGGCCACCAGGGAUAAAACCAAAGUCCUAGGACAGUUUUCCUUUCCUUGGAAACGCUUGAUGGGGUCUGAGGCGAUCCCCCUGGGUGUCCAUGAGCUGGCAGUUAUGGCUGUGGCCUUUGGGUCCUGCUGGGUGGCGGUCGCAUGCAGCUCCUAUGAGGCCCGUGUCGCCAGUCGGCGAUGUCCGACUGGAGUUGUCGCCGCCGCCGCUGCCACUGCCGGCCGUGAGCGGGUCUCUGGUCAGGUCGUCCGGGCGUCUCAUGGCCGCGAGCAGCCCCCUGGUGUCCGACCGGCUGCGCCUGCCGCUCUGUUUUAUCGGCGUCUUUGUCUGCUAUUUCUACUAUGGAAUACUGCAGGAAAAGAUAACAAGAGGAAAGUAUGGGGAGGGAGCCAAGCAGGAGACGUUCACUUUUGCCUUAACUUUGGUCUUCAUUCAAUGUGUGAUCAAUGCUGUGUUUGCCAAGAUCUGGUGGAUCGCACUCGGAGCUGGCUCUAUGCUGCCUGUUCUAUAUCCUAUCUGGGUGCCAUGGUCUCCAGCAAUUCAGCACUACAGUUUGUCAACUACCCAACUCAGGUCCUUGGUAAAUCCUGCAAGCCAAUCCCAGUCAUGCUUCUUGGAGUGACCCUGUUAAAGAAGAAGUAUCCAAUGGCCAAGUACAUGUGUGUGUUGCUAAUUGUGGCUGGAGUGGCCCUUUUUAUGUACAAGCCCAAGAAAGUAGCAGGGAUGGAAGAACACACAGUUGGCUAUGGAGAGCUGCUUCUGCUAUUGUCUCUGACCCUGGAUGGACUGACCGGUGUUUCCCAGGACCACAUGCGGGCUCAUUAUCAAACAGGUUCCAACCACAUGAUGUUGAACAUCAAUCUUUGGUCAACAUUGCUGCUGGGAGCUGGAAUCUUGUUCACUGGGGAACUCUGGGAGUUCUUGAGCUUUGCUGAAAGAUACCCGACCAUCAUCUAUAACAUCCUGCUCUUUGGCCUGACCAGUGCUCUGGGUCAGAGCUUCAUCUUCAUGACCGUUGUGUAUUUUGGUCCUCUGACCUGCUCCAUCAUCACCACAACUCGAAAAUUCUUCACCAUUUUGGCCUCUGUGAUCCUCUUCGCCAACCCCAUCAGCUCCAUGCAGUGGGUGGGCACUGUGCUUGUGUUCUUGGGUCUUGGUCUCGAUGCCAAGUUUGGGAAAGGAGCCAAGAAGACAUCCCACUAGGAAGAGAGAGAGACUACCUCCACUGCAAGAACUUAAGUUAUUAUCUCGAGCAGUGAUCUCUCGUGGGGAAAUGGACACAAUAGGAAUAAGGAACUGGGUUCCAGUCUGUUUU